AUGCCGAAGGAAAAGGAAGAUGGUGAAAAGACCGUGGUAAAAGUGAGUGAAGAGAUGAUCGCUGAAGAAGUGAAUCGGCUUGUUUCACUAAAGCCACAACCGCGGAACGGCGAACGGAAACAUCGCGAAAAACCUCCGCCAGCGGUUGAGCCUCGAGCUGUGACUCCUGAAGAGGUAGUGGAACAUCAUAUAGAAGUGGAGGAAUCACCGCUGGAGGUUUACGAUGACGAGGAUAAGAUCAAAUGGAGCCGUGAACCGAUAGAUGACCUGCUUCUGACUGAGAUCAGGCCCGUGCCUGACUUACCACGAGUGGAAAACCUACGGUUGAAUGGUGCAGGAUUUGCUGACGCGUUGAUGGUUCACGAGUUUGUCAAUAAUUUCAGUCGAGUGCUCGAGAUAGAUCCGUCUUCGUUGCCGUCACUAGGUGCGUUCUGUGCCGGUCUCGUCGGUGAUGUGGCGCACUUCGAAAAGGUCCUUCAACUCGCACGAUCUCUCUUUCGACUAGCACUUGAAUAUCCUGGAUUACCAAACGGGAAACGGCAGGACGCGACUUGGCCAAACCGUUUCCGAGCUGGGUGUGACCGAGCAAAAGUUAUUUCGGAACUGAUGCGGAUAUUUCUUUCGACCAGAGAUUCACAUGCCAAAAAGAGCCGAAGUUUUGCGGAGCUCAGUGGUGAAGAAAAGGCGUCAAUUUUGGCGUUUUGUGCAAUGAACUUUUGUGCUGUCCAAAUGUCGUCAAGGAGAUCGACCGUAAUCUUGAAGAGGCCCGAGCCGCUCGAGUGUCAACGGAAGAAACAAAAGGCUGAACGAGGUGUGCACUGCUCGGAUACCGACGGCCAAGCGCACGAUGACCGACCACCGUCGCGGAAUUCCGAAGCGUCAGAUGCUAGUCGACCGGCAACGCCGAUCCCUACCACCAGAGACCGACGAUUAACGCCAGGACUUGGCCAAUGCGAGAUUCUCACUGCAGAGGAGGAGAACAUGUCACCUGAUCAACUUGAAGUUCUCAUCGAUUCAUUAAAUUCGGAAGCUGAGCACCUUAAAGAGAAGAUCAACGAGUUGUCAACGAAAGUCCGAAGUUUUCCGCUGGGAUGCGAUCGAUAUCACAGGCAGUAUUGGCAAUUACCCGGUGUGCCAUCAAUAUUAGUCGAAUCUGUGGAGAGUUCUGGGCUAUGGAAUCCUGCAUGCAACACGGAGGAGACCUGCUCGAAGGACCCGCCAGAUUUGACA